UAUCAACAGCACUGAGCACUGUUGUCUAGUUGUCAAUAAAAAAAAAUAUAAUAACAUUUCAGUAAACAAAAUAUGGCUACAUCAAUUUCAAAGUGGGCUUUAGAGAAAAAACAUAGUGAUCGUGAACGCUGGAUUUGCAUCUACCCUGCUUACAUCAACAGUAAGAAGACACUUGCAGAGGGACGGAAAAUUCCCCGUGAGAAGGCUGUGGACAAUCCAACACACCAGGAAAUUAAAGAUGUUUUACUGGCUGCGGGGCUUAAAAUUGGUGUUGAAAACAAAAUCUAUAGUCGAGAGAGAAGUAAAGAAAUGCUAUAUAGAGGUCGUAUCCGAGUUCAGUUGAAAAACGAGGAUGGAACUCCUGUCAAUGAGGAUUUUAAGACACGUGAUUCUGUGAUGUUAUAUCUGGGAUCAAUGAUUCCUAAGCUGAAGAGUAGAUCAGGCAAACAAGGAGGAGGAGACCCAGGAGCUCAGGGGAGUGGACAAAGUGGAGGCUCAAAAAAGAAGGGGAAAGGAAGAAGAUGAACAUAACCUACAUUAAGGUCCUAAUUUUUAAGUUGCAUGGGAAAAAGAAGAAAAUACCAGCUCAAAUAAUAGAAUUUAUUACAGUUAAAUAAAAAAAUACAUGUGAUA